UGCCAAUGCGUCCUAUUUUCUCCGAUUUUAUCCCAAUGACCCGCUUCUCAUCCCUUUCCUUUCCUCCUGCCAUCUUCAGUGACCCAGUUUUUUGGGAGAUUCGAUAUCGCUCAGGCUGCUGCUACUGCUUUACUGGCCUCAUCAAGGGUCUUUCUCACUUCUUGCCUCAAAUAGUCUCUUCUCCUCUUCCUUUUCCCCUUCUUGUGACUUCUCGACCAUCCCCACUCCGAUGCUGCCUUCCCUCGCUCGAGUAGUCCUCCGUUCAAGGGCUCCGGUCGUAUCUGCGAGACAUGUCGGACCGGUAGCGACUAGACUGAUGACCGUCCGAUUCGCCUCUGGAUCUGGCUCUCACCCACAUGAAACGGAAUCGUUCGAGCAGUUCAACGCACGAUACGCAGGUUUUUUUGAAUCAUGCAAUGACCUGUUUGAACUUCAACGAGGAUUGAACAACUGUUUCGCAUACGAUCUCGUCCCUACAGUCGAAGUCAUCCAAGCCGCUUUGAAAUGUGCCAGAAAGGUUAACGAUUACGCUACGGCCGUCAGAAUUCUGGAAGGUCUUUCGGUCAAGGUUGAGAACAAGGGACAGUAUCAGCAGUAUUUGGACGAGUUGAAACCUUUGCUUGAGGAAUUGGGUAUCAACAGCAAGGAGGAUCUCUACGGUCAAAAGUCAUAAGCGUCAAACCAUGGUUGAUCGCUAGAAGUAAUGUGAAAUAUGGUUCAAGGUCAAAUACCUCCUAACCCUCUGGCAUGCAUCAACAGUAGCAUUAA